AAUACACGGUCCUCGCUUUUCUCUGGGGGGACAAGCAAGAAAUCAAAGAAGGAGGAGACGAGCCGUCAAUUUUCUCCAAAACAAACCCCGCCGGGCAAAUUUGGGCUCGGGGUAGAAAAAGACGGAGUGGUUGCGAAUUCUUCCAGACGAGAUCCAGUUCUCCAGCGGAGAGGAGCAGCGGAUUGCCGCGCGUUGGAAGCGUCGGGGACGCAGCCCCUCUUGCAGCUCCCGCAGGACCCCGCGAGCUCGUGCUGGCGACAGCGGAGACCGCCGAUCUGUCCUCGUUCUCGCCUGCACGUCUGGCUGCGCUUGGAGGAAGACCCCGGACGCGAGCGAGCGGCCGCGGCAGGAGCCGGUGCUGACCUCCGCGCGGCGGGCCGAGCCCAGGGCUUUGUCGCGGUCGCUACCUGCGCGCAGCCGGCGCCGCAACUCUUCGCCCAGCUUUUGGCAUCUUUUGUUGGCAGCGCUGACCGCUCCAAGUUAAAUGCUCCCUCGCUAUUUUUCUUUUUUUUGUUUGUUUGUUUAAUUUUUGGAGAGCUUGGAAUCUUGGAAAAGCCUCAGACGCCAUCUACAGUUAAAACGUCUACCCCCAUCACAAUAGCGAGAUAUGGGAGAUCGCGGAACAAAACCCAGGAUUUCGAAGAGUUGUCGUCUAUAAGGUCCGCUGAGCCCAGCCAGAGUUUCAGCCCGAACCUCGGCUCCCCGAGCCCGCCCGAGACUCCGAACUUGUCGCAUUGCGUUUCAUGCAUCGGGAAAUACUUAUUGUUGGAACCUCUGGAGGGAGACCACGUUUUUCGUGCCGUGCAUCUGCACAGCGGAGAGGAGCUGGUGUGCAAGGUGUUCGAGAUCAGCUGCUACCAGGAAUCCCUGGCACCAUGCUUCUGCCUGUCUGCUCACAGUAACAUCAACCAAAUCACUGAAAUUCUCCUGGGUGAGACCAAAGCCUAUGUGUUCUUUGAGCGAAGCUAUGGGGACAUGCAUUCCUUCGUCCGCACCUGCAAGAAGCUGAGAGAGGAGGAGGCAGCCAGACUGUUCUACCAGAUUGCCUCGGCAGUCGCCCACUGCCACGACGGGGGGCUGGUGCUGCGGGACCUCAAGCUGCGGAAAUUCAUCUUUAAGGAUGAAGAAAGGACUCGGGUCAAGCUGGAAAGCCUGGAAGAUGCCUACAUUCUGCGGGGGGAUGACGAUUCCCUCUCUGACAAGCAUGGCUGCCCCGCUUACGUAAGCCCAGAGAUCUUGAACACCAGUGGCAGCUACUCGGGCAAAGCAGCCGACGUGUGGAGCCUGGGGGUGAUGCUGUACACCAUGUUGGUGGGGCGGUACCCUUUCCAUGACAUUGAACCCAGCUCCCUCUUCAGCAAGAUUCGGCGUGGCCAGUUCAACAUUCCAGAGACUCUGUCGCCCAAGGCCAAGUGCCUCAUCCGAAGCAUUCUGCGGCGGGAGCCCUCAGAGCGGCUGACCUCGCAGGAAAUUCUGGACCAUCCUUGGUUUUCUACAGAUUUUAGCGUCUUGAAUUCAGGAUAUGGUGCUAAGGAAGUGUCUGACCAGCUGGUGCCAGAUGUCAACAUGGAAGAGAACUUGGACCCUUUCUUUAACUGAGCUCAUGCCCCCCAGAAACUUAGCAGGUACCAGGAGUGAGCGAGGGCAGUGGAAAGGAGUUCUUCCAGGGGACACAAAUCGCCUGGCUGGGUAGCAAGAAAGACACUCAUACUUUUUUCAGUUUCUUGGUUCAGAGAAGGAAAACCUUCAAGGAGCUGACCGACCAUGUAGCAUGGGGGCAAGAGGUGUGGGAUGGGGGUUGGGGUCAGAUGGAUGGGAGCCCCCCCUGGAGCUUGUCUUCCCUAAUGUCGCCUGGGAGACCACCCCUUGCCACUUAGGCCACUUCCGCCUACCCCACUUUUCAUUUUGUUCCAAAAUAGUUGCAGAUCCUGACAAAAUCAAAACUCUCUGCCUCAGACACACACCCUGGCAUCGCACUGUUAGCAUUUAACUUCUUGUUAGGAUUCAGGGAAGGAGCAGUUGGCCAAGAAUUUUUUUUUUUUCUUUUAAGCAAGCCAACCACCUAGCUGGUAAUUAAUGAGGUUCACUUACAAAAAAAAAAAAAAAUUCGGUGCACACAGACUGACAUGAAACCUGGGUGCUACACUAAA